AUGUCCACCCCAGCUAGAAGAAGAUUGAUGCGUGAUUUCAAGAGAAUGCAGCUGGACGCUCCGGCAGGAUUGAGUGCCUCUCCAUUACCUGAUAAUGUUCUCGUUUGGAAUGCUGUCAUUAUCGGACCUUCGGAUACCCCUUUUGAAGAUGGGACUUUCAAACUCAAGCUUACAUUCGAUGAACAGUAUCCAAAUAAACCACCAGCAGUGGUAUUUCUAAGUAAGAUGUUUCAUCCAAAUGUAUACGCCUCAGGCGAGUUAUGUUUGGAUAUUUUGCAGAACAGGUGGUCACCAACGUACGAUGUUGCUUCGAUCUUGACAUCAGUCCAGUCAUUAUUGAACGAUCCAAACAUUUCAAGUCCCGCAAACGUUGAGGCCGCCAAUUUGUACAAGGACCAUAGAUCACAAUAUACCCAAAGAGUCAAAGAAACCGUUGAAGAGAGUUGGGAAGAUGAUUUUGAAUGA